AUGGGAAUACCUCCGGAGCUGCGACGCCAGAUCCUGGAGUAUGCCAUCAACGAUCUGGUCUACGUCGACUAUCGCUGGAGCAACAAUCACGACCGUCUCUCCUGGCGUCCCUCCUGUGGCAGCGACACAUGGCUGCAGCACAUGAUGCUUGUCUCCAAAGACUUCGGUGCCAUGGCGAGGGACGUCAUCGCGAGAGCUGCACAUCUGACGCUCUCCGACUUCACACUGCGGGAAGAACUCCUUGAUCUCACUUCUGGUGACUUGAGCGACGAGUUGAUGUGGAAGACUGCGGAGCGGCAGCGAACCCGUUUCCUCGCAUCCAUCCACAAUGGUGCCUCGUGGGAUCAGAGAGAUUCCUUGGACGUACCAGCAGCCUUUUCAGAAUACCUCCUCAGCGCGAACAGUCUCUGGAUCUAUCAGCCGAAGAUGGCCUGGGGAGCUUUGCACGACAGUUUCGACGUCAGCCCUUUUAGAUUCCUGCGCAAUGUAACCCUUCACGCUGGUAAUAUCGAAGACUGGCCCGACAAUAAGAUCAAGAUAAUGAUGCACAUGGCAAGCAGAGAUCCUGAAUGGGCUAUCGCGAAAGUUAUUCAUCUUAUGGGCUCGCUUGCCGAUCCAAGCGUGAUACCGUCGCAGCAGCUUGCGGCGGUCUGGGCCGACUACAUACCACAUCUCGAUCAUUAUCGGGACCACGUGAGAGCGGCGUAUCGGCAGGGGUCCAGACCUUGUCAUCCGUAUUUUCUGCGAUCGGCGUUUCGGCGUCGCCUGCAAGGGGUAACCGUGUCCGUGGAGGCACUGCUGAAGUGGUUGUGUGAGGUCGAUAUGAGAGUUGGCAGACGAAAUAUCGCUGGCCUUAUGGACAGCACAAUUCCGGAGGUGACUUUCAAUACCGAAGGAGCAACCUUGCCCACGUGGCCGAACAAGCUGUUCCCGCGCGUGUCCUUUUCCAACAAGGAGACCAAGGUCUUUGUGAACGUGUGGGACGCGGUUGAAGUUGCUACUCGCAUCUUCUAG